GCAGUAUAGAUCAGUCUGGGAACAGUUGACCAGCCACUCCUCACACGCAGUAUUCACGCCCAAAACAAAAUGACAAAACCCUUGGCUAUCAUCGCCGGUGUGGGUCCCGGCACCGGCGCCUCCAUUGCCAGACGCUUCGCACAGGCAUAUUCCGUCAUUCUUCUCGCGCGCAAUUCAGCGAACUUUGAUCCCCUCGUCAAGGAAAUCAACACCGCCGGCGGCCAAGCCUUGGGCAUCCGCGCCGAUUUGUCCGAUUCGAAAAGCGUCCACUCGGCGCUCGAUCAGAUCACCAAACAGUACCACGGCUCUUCGCUCGCAGCGGCCGUGUUUAACGUAGGCGGGGGGUUCGUACGCAAGCCUUUUCUCGAAUUAACCGAGACCGAGUUCUCCCAGGGAUUCGAAAGCCAGGGGAAAGGCGGAUUCAACUUCGCACAGGGGGUAUUGCCCCUCCUCCUCCAGGCCAAAGGUCUACAAUACCCCCCGACACUGAUCUUCACGGGCGCAACCGCCAGCGUGAAAGGGUCCGCUAAUUUCUCGUCCUUCGCGGCGGGGAAGUUCGCCCUGCGCGCGCUGGCGCAGUCUCUGGCGCGCGAGUUCGGGCCCAAGGGCGUGCAUGUGUCGCAUGUUAUUGUCGAUGGUGUUAUUGACAUUCCGCGAACGAAGGCUUGGCAGUUUGAGCAAGAAGACGCCAAGCUGGAUCCUGAUGCCAUUGCGGACUCAUAUUGGCAUCUGCAUACGCAACCCCGCACGACCUUUGGGUUUGAGCUUGAUCUGAGGCCGUAUGUGGAGAAGUGGUAGUUGAGUUAUUAUAUUUGAAACGGGGGUCUACCGAUGACGAAUUGUUUUCUAGUCUAUUGACCAAUUGAAUUCCUAAUAUAUCGGUAGAACAUUGCACCCUUGUGUCGGUUUGGAAAGAUGAGCGACUGAUACCGUUUUGUCGACGGGCGGGUGUUGCUCCGAAACAUGACGCCUUGAUCAAGAUGCGUGUCGAUCUCUCCGUUCGGAGCAUGUCCCGGUUGAUCUAUUGCAUGUGUUAUGUUUCAGUGAGAUUAAUCGAUUGCAUUUUAAC